AUGGCAAAUGACAGACGGCAAGGCUCUAUUCGUUCAGUGCUUCUUGAAAUUAUAUUUCUAAAACCUGCCUUUCUGCGUUGUUUUCUCUGGUUAUUUGAAGAGAAACACAUUUCCCUGACUAUAGCAGUCAGUUCAUCUAUCUAUCUAUCUAUCUAUCUAUCUAUCUAUCUAUCUAUCUAUCUAUCUAUCUCAUUCGUUUCGUAUCUAUCUAUCUAUCUCAUUCGUUUCGUAUCUAUCUAUCUAUCUAUCUAUCUAUCUAUCUAUCUAUCUAUCUAUCUAUCUAUCUAUCUAUCUAUCACUGUCCCUUCACCUACCUAUUUAUCUGAGUUACAUAGUUACCCCGAUGCUAUCUCUCUCUCUCUCUCACUUUAUCUAUCUAUCUAUCUAUCUAUCUAUCUAUCUAUCUAUCUAUCUAUCUAUCUAUCUAUCUAUCUCAUUCGUUUCGUAUCUAUCUAUCUAUCUAUCUCAUUCGUUUCGUAUCUAUCUAUCUAUCUAUCUAUCUAUCUAUCUAUCUAUCUAUCUAUCUAUCUAUCUAUCACUGUCCCUUCAUCCCCAUAUUUAUCAUUCAUUCAUUAUCUAUCUAUCUAUCUAUCUAUCUAUCUAUCUAUCUAUCUAUCUAUCUAUCUAUCUCAGUCUGUUCCUAUCUAUCUAUCUAUCUAUCACUUUCAUUAUCUAUCUAUCUAUCUAUCUAUCUAUCUAUCUAUCUAUCUAUCUAUCUAUCUAUCUAUUACUCUGCUUGAGGAGUUACGUAGUUUUUCACAGCGCUCAUUGUCACCAAACGGCAUUAAUGGUUUUGUGACGCGUUUAUAUCUUUUCUUUCAAAACUGUUCUUCAUAUCUAUCUAUCUAUCUAUCUAUCUAUCUAUCUAAGUCUGUUCAUAUCUAUCUAUCUAUCUAUCUAUCUAUCUUGAUUAAAUAA